GCGGAAGCUUCCAAACCUUCCGUAUGAUCGAGUGAAUGCUACUUUUGCAGACAGCCCAGAACCCGAACCAUGAUACGGGUAAUUGCAUCAUUCACACUCACAAAAGGUCCACUCUCCCCAGCUUUUUGACUUGUGAGCUUUCCUCGCGCUGGUGACUUGUGACGAAGAGGCGCCCUAGCGCAGGAUGCCAGACGGUGCACCGCCUCCGAUGCGCCUGUCGCCCCUCGUGAGGGAGCCAGUUCAGCAGCAGCCUGUCCCAUUCGGCCAGCUUGCGGAAUCAGCCUGCAUCGCCCCUCUGUCGAAUUUCAAGCCGUCCUUCUCACAGAACAAGACAAGGCCUUUGCAGCUGUCAAGUCAGCGGAGCGCUGCCAGAAUCACCAGCAACGCGCCAAAAGCAAAGAGAGAGAAGCAAGGCUGGAAAGCGCGCUUGCUUGCUUGCUUCGUGCCCCAAGACUUUCGCGAGACCGGCCGACCCGGUUCAGGCUCCGAGCCGGUCGUCGCAGAAGCUAUAGCGCCACCGGAAGGCGAUGCUGACGAGCCCACGCAACCGGCGCGCAUCAGUUCGCAUUCGUCAAAGUCGUUCUGGCCAAAAUCUUGGGAAGAAUUCGGUGCUCUCUACAGCACCAGAAAGAUCGACCUCAAUGACCCGCCUGGCGUCGUGCGACCCGGAGGCGUCCACAGCGACUCCGACUAUUCUGUGAGAGAGGCACUUCAGAUAAACCCGCAAACGCACUCGCCCGUCUUGUCAAAAUCGACAUCGCUCGCCAAGUCAGAGGAGCAGAAUGAGCCAUCGCCCCUCGAGCUGGGCUUCUACUGUCCACCUGCGCCGGCAGACGAGCGCUUCAGACAGCGCGCGGUCAACAGAUUACUCAGUUUGACCCGUUGGAAAAGAUCGGCAGACGCGCCGAUGAUAGACGAGCCAAUAGACCAGCAGGACUUGACCGAGCAACAGCUCGUCAAGUCUGUCGCUGCUGCCAAGAAACAGACACGCCUUUCGUAUCGCAAGAGACGCGAAGCCAAAGCACGGACACGCAUCGAGUCCACAGAAACCCCGUCUGCGCUCGCGACCACACCCACUGUCGACCAAGUCGGCUACAGCAAUUCUCUAGAAGAUCAUCCCGCUUUCAGGAGCAUUGUAGCGCAUGCUCGUGCCACGUUCAACACAAAAAUAUCACUACUUACAAUUCUCGAUGACGACAAGCAGCUCUUCCUCGCUGAAAGCGGCCUGGGAGGCAUGCAAGAAAUCCCGCGAAGUGUCUCCUUCUGCAACCAUACCAUCUUGUCCAAUCCUGGACAAGGCUUCGUCCUUCUGGAUACUGAGAAAGAUUGGCGUUCUGCGAAAGCGCCUUUAACGCUGAUGGGCAAUCGCUUCUAUGCCGGUGUCCCAUUGCUUGCACCUAACUUCAACUCCGCGACGGGUGACGACAUGGCAAUUGGCACUUUAUGCGUCGUUGAUGACAAGCCCAGAACAGACUUUUCGCUAGCAGAGCGGCACAAGCUAGGCGAACUGGCCGAGUAUGCUCGUCUCGAGAUCGAGGUCUGGUACCGCGAGCGAAUGGACGACAAGCUCAGCCAGAUGCAGCGCCGCUUCAAAGACUGGAAGAGUGUUCACCGGGGGUCAACCGGCUACAGGCAGAAGGACUUCUCCCAAGCACUCACUCGUAAGCGUCUUGAUCCAGUCACAGAGAGUGAGGGCGCUUCUCAUCCGCCUACACCGGAUGAGCAUCUCCAGCCCCAGGCUAUACCCGAUCUUGUCUUGCCGGACAACACGUCAUACACUGCUCUAGCCAGACCGGACGACUUCAUCGCGCGUCCUAUCACGCCAGAGGUGCCUGCAGCUGCGCCAGUAUCUGUCGAAUCAUCUGCACCAGAUUCGACAGUACAUAGCUCGAGCAUAGACGAGCAUGAAGCGACAUCUUCGGCUGCAACUUCUCUGUCUGGCCAGCGAUCUGUCCAAGCAUCGCUCGAUCGCGUCUACUCACUUGCCCUGCGCAUCAUUGGCGAAACCCUAGAUAUGAGCAUGGUCUAUCUGUGCAGACUCGAUCUCGCGCAAGCACCUGCCCAGGGACCUCUUGACACAACGCCAUACGACGCCCACUUCCUCAAUAUACUUGCGUCGUGGGGAAUGCCAACGCCCAAGCCAAUUUUUGAUCCCGUGUUGCAUCUCAAAGCACUGCGUGGCGCGACAGAAGGCACGCUCUACUCCAAUCCACGCCUGACAGAGAUGACAGAUGGCGAGUUCUUGCCUCGUUUCGCCAUUGCUACCACGAUGGACGAACCAACAGACUACAAGAGUGCAAUCCUCUUGCCCAUUGCGAAACACGAAAGCGAGAAGAGAGGCUACUUGCUCUGCGCUUAUCACAGCGACGCCAAGCGGGUCUUCGGUGCCGAGGAUCUCUCGUACAUGCGAGAUUUUGCCCUCGAGCUGGCCUCGUAUGUGGAGACAGAGGAUCGUUGAUUGAAGUGUGUUCAAAUGCAACGCCUCUUUCUAUGCUGCGCG